AUGGCGCAGGCGCUGCAACCUCCCGACGAGGUGGGAAGAUUGAUCAACCUGAUCCCGGUCGGACUGAAGGAAGCCGCUAUCGAUUCCCCAACCGCCCGUGCUACAGUUGUCCACUACGGCGAGCAGGUUGACCUUCUCGAAAAAUGGCUCGAUGAGUAUGCCAAAGCCGCCACCCGACUCGUGGCCGAAUCUCUGACCCUGGAGAAUGUCCUCAACGGCUUCAUCGCCCACUCCAUCCUCCCCACCUCUCUGUCUGAGUCAAUGCUGGACCAUGACUACAGCGUGCUUGCUAUGAAGAGGUACGGCGAUGGAGCCAAAGACUAUUGGAUGAGCAUGGUAGCGGUGGUCAAGAGGUUGUCUUCGAUGGUCGUUGAUCCUAUCAGACAGUUUCUGCAGAAUGAUCUGCGGGCAUUUAAGGAGACUCGCCGCGCGGUGGAAGUGGCCCAAAAGACAUUCGAACAUCUUCAGGGCAAAUACGCUGGAUUAGGCAAAUCCAAGGAACCGUCCUCGCUGAGAGAGGAAGCUUUCCAACUGCAUGAGGCUCGAAAGGUCUACAUCAAAGCCAUGAUGGACUUUUUCAGCUUGACCCCACAGUUUCGCUUCGCACUGGACAGACUACUCGUCAAGAUGUUCUUUGACCAGUGGCGGGAGAUGAGGAUGUCGCGAGAUAACACUGCGGCUACAUUUGGGCGGAGCGCUGACGAGAUGCAGAGGAUUAGGGGCUGGCUAACGGAGAUGGAGUCCAGCGAGAAGAUCUUCCGUAGCGAGUUACUCGCCGCAAAGAAACAACUGGAGGAUGCUGCUGAAUUAGAAACCCGGCCCUCACGCGAGUUGGAGGAUUACACAUUGUCCACUGUUCCUCACCACGCCGGCCACGGUCACAGCGCUAGCACUUCCACACUGCAGCGUUCCCCGAAGAAAAUUGCUUCCAAGACAGGCGAGAAGCAAGGCUGGUUGUUUUUGCGAACCUACAGCGGGAAACCCACUCGGACUGUCUGGGUGAAGCGGUGGGCAUUUGUUCGCAGUGGGGUCUUUGGCUGGCUGCUACAGAGCACAACAGCAGCAGGGGUUGAAGAGAGCGAGCGCAUUGGCGUUCUACUGUGUAAUGUCCGUCCUGCUCCCACGGAAGAACGUCGCUUCUGCUUCGAGCUAAAGACGAACAAAAACACAAUUCUCCUGCAAGCAGAAACACAGGCAGAGCUCGUUGACUGGAUAGACGCCUUCCAAACAGCCAAGUCCAAGGCUGUCAAUGAUGGCGAUGCUUUGCCAACCAUGGUUUCCGGCGGUGGAAACCUGCAGGCCGGUGCUGCCUUUGCGAUAAGUGCGCCACCAGUUCCCGAGUUUGGGGCGUCUAUCCUUAGCUCGACGCAGCCAGGCGCCGGUGAGGACGUUCCUGCCUUGGAAAAGACACAUACUCUCCCUGUUCCUGGCACAGAGCACGGACGCGAGACCAGUGUGGAUCUGUCCAGAAGGUCGACAGCGUUAGAGGAGGUUGCGCAGCGAGACACUGCCUCUCGCAUACUUUCCAGAUUGGACUUGCACAGGAAAAGCCCAGCGUCAACCCAAGUGUCUCCCAGCCCAUCCACACCAAAUCUGCCAGGCGGCAUUGCGGGCUUGAUAGCAGCUAGCCACGGUUCAAUGCCUGUCGGACCCAGUCUCCCUCUUGUUCCCAAUACCGAAGGCGACUUCCCCAAGCCGCGAAGUACUUUCACCUUGGCUCUUCGAGAUAUGCCUGCCAGCAGCCUAGCACCGUCGACUCUUGCUUCCGUUCCGUCGCCGACGAAUCUGAGCCGAUCUGCAGUGAUCAUCACUGGUGAGCGCGGCCUAAGUCCUGCUCCCGACAAGACAGGGAUCCCCAAUGGUAUUCUGGCCAACACAUGGGGAACCUCAUGCACAGCUUAUGUCAACCGACUUGAGCGCGCUGAGAGCAAUGAGAGAGCUGAGGUGAAGCUGCUGGCCAACCGAAGUCCUGCCCUGGUGCCCUCCUCCUCACCUCCAAAAGCGCUGGCUUCCCCAGCCCGCUCGGCUCUUCCUUCGCAAAGUCCAAUUCCACACCUUGAUCUGAGUAUCCCUCAACCGGGGGCGCGCAGUCGCACACCAUCGCCGAGCAAGAGACAGCAUAGGAACACUAUAAGUGUGGAUCGUGUCACGGCAAACCAGCUCAGCAGCGAACUCCUGGUACCUGAGUUCCCGAAUUACUAUCCUCUGCAGCUUAAGUCGCAGGAUGCACAGUUCCGUCUUCUCUUCCCUUCCUUAAGGCGCGAUGAUCGUCUGGUGAUGGUUUUUCGCGCGACCUGGAAUCCCAGCGAGAAGCAAGAUUUCCCAGGCCGAGUGUAUGUGACGCCACGAGACGUCUAUUUCUACAGCAACCAUCUGGGCCUGGUCCUCACAUCUAGCGUGUCUCUCAGUGCAAUCGACGAGGCUACCGCUGCUCCUGGGAGAGAUUGUGAUUUCAUCUUUCUGCACCUCAAAGAAGGUACAGGAGAUGGAAAUGCACGCAGGAUCACGAUUAAGACGUUCUUGGAGCCGCUGAGGCUCUUACAAAGGCGAAUGAACUUUUUGAUCAGGAACAGUGUAUCCGAUUCACCCUUGGGCUUGGAGGAAAUCAUGAAGGCUUUGAUCAGGAUGGAGACUGAAACUCCUGAUCGGAGUCCGAGCCUCGAAAGCUGGGAGGACGUGUCGCCGAACACGCCGGUCGACACAGGCGGUCCGCGCUAUCGAAGCAGGGCUUCAACCACAGGGACAGAGUUGAAAGGCCCACUACGAAUCGAUCGUGCGCUCCAUCACACCCAAAUAGGACGCCGGGAAUCGAAGUUCAAGCUUCCUGCUCUACCGGUAAAAUAUGCGCCGCCUGGGAAUCUACGGCUUGCGGUCGAAAAGGAGUUCGACAUUAGCGCAAAGGCGUUAUUCCACGUCAUGUUUGGAGAUAAGAGCAUACUUUGGCAGCUCCUACACCGCGAGAGACGAGCUAAGAAUAUAUCACAGGGACCAUGGCUGAGUCUAGGGGAAGGACGAUUUCGAAGAGAGUUGACUUUCAACAGCCCAACUGUAAGCCUCCUUGGCCGAGAAUCAUACGCCUGGGUUCGAGACUACCAGGUGAUCGACGUAAACAGUGAUCAUCUGUGCUAUGUCGUUACAGACAAGCGAACACCCUGGCAUCUGCCCUACCAGAACAAUCAUCGCCUUGUCAGCAAGGUCGUGAUCACCCAUGCCGCCAAAGCCAAGUGCAAGCUUGCUGUCUUUGUCAAAAUCGAAUGGCUCCGUCCGGCUUGGUUGUUGGGUGGCGUCGUCGAGCGACAGGCCUUGUACGACCUCGAACUCGAUUGUCAAGACCUUGUAGACCUCGUUGCGGAUCAAGUCAGCAAACUCGGCGCGCAUAGUCGCACGAAGAGAGCCAUUCAGAUUUUCGGUCAAGUGGGCCACUCGACAGAGACCACGCAGCUUCUGAUGGAUGCAGCAGCCGUGAACAUCGAACUGAGAAGACAGCCGACUACCCGCAGCAUGACUGGGCUGCUAGCCCAAAGCGCCACCUCCACAGCUGAGAGUAUUGCAGCGACCCUCCUGCAGUCGGUUUUGAGCAUUUUGAGGUGGUUGGCGAGGACCUUCUCCGCCAACAAAGUUAUAUUAGCCGCACUUGUCCUAUCCGCACUAUACAAUAGUUGGCACACAUACCGCGAUUCGCUGGAUUGGUGGCACGAGCGCAAAGCUGGAAACUUCAUGGCUAGACUCGGUGUUUCCCCAGACACUGUCAUGAGUCGGGCCGUAUACCUCAGUGACUUGGAUGAGGUUCUCAGUCGUGACGCACAUCUACCUGCCUCUGAUUCGAGUGCGUGCUACAAAGUCUUCUAUGACGAGCAUGAUCCUCAAUAUAUCCACGCGGGACGAAGCGACAGCCCAGCAGCACAGGUGCAGCAAAAUCGGCAGAGAUUGGCGUCUCACCGUCAUAAUCUUCUGGUCGCGGUGCGAGUGGUAAACAGCGUCGAGAAAGAAUUGAUGCUGGCUGCAUGGGAACAGUGGGUGACGGCGGAGCAUCGCCGCUGUCAAGUCGUGGAGGGAAUUGUGCUAGGCGACCUGUCACAGAACUCCACCGGCGUGGGCAAGGAGCUAACGGACUGGUAUGAUGAGUACUGCACCAGUUGCCGUGACGAAUAUAUGAAGAUUCGUUCGUGA